AUGGCUGUCAAACGUGUCGCGGUCAUUGGUGCUGGGCCGGCGGGAGCCAUUGCCAUAGAUGCUUUGGCGCAAGAGCAGGCCUUUGACAUCAUUCGUGUAUUUGAGCGCCGGGAGGGAGCUGGAGGAUGUUGGAUUGGCGACUCAUCGCAGCCUCCGACGCUCCGCGACUUUGUAUCUCUAGCGACAAGAACAGCCGAUCCACCGCUACCUGUCCCUGAAAAGCUGCCUGCGCAGACUCCAAAGUCAGACCAACCUCGUUUUACCGAGUCGUCUGUUUACCCUUAUUUGGAAACCAAUGUUGACUAUUUGCCCAUGCAGUUCUCCCAGGAACCUUUCCCAGCGGAGCGUAGCAAACUCUCUAUAUCUCACCAUGGACCUGAGACUCCAUUUCGAAAGUGGGACGUAGUUCGAAAAUACAUUGAGGGUCUUGUGGAUCGCCGGGGCUACGGCGACUUUGUUGCAUACAAUACCACAGUCGAACUGGUCGAGAAGGUGGGGACGGAGUGGAAAGUAAUGCUCCGCAAAAAUGGCGACAAGAGUGACUACUGGUGGGUUGAGUGGUUUGAUGCGGUUGUUGUGGCGAGUGGUCACUUCUGGGUGCCUUAUAUACCCCAAAUAGAAGGCUUGGAGGCAAUGGAGAAGACCAGACCGGGGAGCGUGAUUCACAGCAAACACUUCCGCGGGAGAGAGAAGUUUGUCGACAAGGCAAUUGUGGUUGUGGGCGCAUCCGUCUCAGCAGCCGACAUCGCAGUCGAUCUUGUGGAAACGGCAAAGGCACCAGUCCACGCAAUUACAAUUGGCCAUGCGCCCAACGGGUACUUUGGCGACGAGGCGUUUAACCACCCGAAGAUACAAAAACAUCCAUCAAUAGAACGAGUCUCGAACCGAACUGUGCACUUGACGAACGGAAAUUGUAUCGACAACGUUGACCACAUAGUCUUCGGCACAGGUUACAGCUGGACGCUGCCAUUCCUACCGUCCGUUCCAGUCCACAAUAACCGCAUCCCUGGUUUGUACCAACACGUUGUGUGGCAAGAAGACCCGACACUAUUGUUUAUCGGCGCCGUCGCGGCUGGUCUGACCUUCAAGGUCUUUGAAUGGCAAUCGGUUUUAGCUGCACGGCUACUGGCCGGUCGAGCCACUCUACCGUCUGCUGAAGCGAUGCAAAAAUGGGAAGCGGAUCGGAUCAAGGUUCGGGGUGACGGCGUGAAGUUUACACUGCUCUUCCCAGACUUCGAAGACUACUUUGAGACGCUGAGACACCUAGCCGGAGAGGGAGUAGAGGGAAAGGGACGCAAGCUGCCCAAGUUUUGCCGCGAGUGGGUAAGGGCAUUUUUGGAGGGAUUUGAACGCCGUAAGGCGAUGUGGAAGAGAUUGAACACGAAUUCUCGGGCUUUGUUGAAUACGGAGACUACUCAACAGGAAAUAGCUCGGCUUUGA